CGAGAGUAAUAAAAUUUCCAUCCGCCGAGUUAGGCGAGGCGCAUCUUUUAUCAGACAGCUGAUAAGUGAUAACCGGUCAACUGCUACCGAUACCAAUGAAGCGUUUUCAUGAAAACAAACCACGAAAUUAGUUUAAAAUUGUGAUUUAAUGCAAACUCAAUGAUGUUUCGUCGUUUAUUUUCAUCAAUACCGAAAUCAUUCCAUUUAUCGAGAACGAAGCAUCCAUUGAAAUCAUUCUUUCUCAAAUCGAGUGUUUCAAAAUCAUGCGGGUUAUCGACAGCUCUUGCGGUAUCGACCAUUCGAAAGAAUUCAACGUUGGACAGUUCGGAAAAUGUUCUCAGUGAAGGUAUUGAUUUCAGCCACCGUAAAUUGAUACAACAAGCUUGCUCCAGCUCGGUCAACUCAACAUCGGAAUUACUUACUCAAAUUUUAUUAGCUGUUAUCGAUUCAGCUUCAAAAUACAAAAACUGUUUGAAUGAUUUAAUGAAUGAUCUAGAGCGUGAUAUCGAAUUGAUGGGUUACGGUGCCAUUAACUCAAAAACCGAAGAUGACAUAGUGGCUGCCAGAGUGAACGCUAAAAUUUUGAAGGAAGAAUUUUUAGAAUUAAUCACUUUAUCGGAGAAUGUGGAGAAAUUAGCUGUAGCAACCGCUGAAAUUUCAUUUUUGACUGGAGCCGAAACCCUGGCUAUGUUGAUUUCAGAAAGACUGUAUUCCGUUCAACAAAAGAUCAAAAAUGAACUUGAAGAAGUGAAGAAAGUGGAGAGUAAAUGCUUGGAGGUUCAAAAAUAUUCCAUCUUGGAAAAUAAUCCGAAUUCUGAGUCAUCACCUUCGCCGUCUAAUGACAAGUCAAAUGAAGAUACUCAGUGAUAUUGGUGUGUUUUUCUUUGUUAAUUAUUUUUAAUAAAUAAAUCUUAUUUUGAACUUUUUA